AUGGCGGACAAGGAUGUAUGUAACCUUGGGAACCUCCCAGAAGUUGAGAUUCUGAGUCUGAUAGAGGAGCAGAUCCCCAAGUAUCGUCUGCGGGCGGACACCAUCACCAACUUCUGUGGCUACGACAAUCAGGACUGGAUCCAGACCCCUCUAAUCCCCAUAGAUGAGGACCUAGAGCUAUCCAAUGACCAGAUUCAGGAAACCCUCAAGUACUUUGUGCUAUGUUCGGAUCGUGUGACACAGAUGACUAAGACAUACAAUGAUAUAGAAGCGGUUAACAGACUACUGGAAGAGAAAGAAAGAGAUUUAGAGCUAGCAGCUAAAAUUGGACAAACUUUACUGACAAAAAACCAGGAACUCUCCGAGAAGAAUGACGUUUUAGAGGAACAGUUGGUGUUACUCUCUGAAAAGGUAAACCAAAUCAAACAUGAGUUAUCAUUAAAGGAUGGCUUGCUACAAGCUUUCUCGGAAAAUGUGGACUUAUCACCAAGUGACGAAUCAAGUGGCAGUACAGACUUCUUACAACACCUGGGUGGAGCAUGUGCUAUCGAGAAAAAAGUCAAAGUUCUAGAGGAGGAAAACCUCAAACUCAGAUUAGAGACUGAGCAGUUAUCUUCAGAAACUUCAAGAUAUGAGGAGAAAGAACAGAGGCUGGUGGAUGACUGUGUGGCACAGCUCAAUGCCAAGAAGAAGGAGCUUGACUUGCUGGCAGAGGAGCUGAUAAAGCGGUCAGAGGAAUGCAGCGGACAGAAGGAAGAAAUCACCGGGCUACUGGCCCAGGUGGUGGAGCUCCAGCGCCGCCUCAAAAUUAUGACUUUGGAAAACAUGGAGUAUCAGAAGCACUUGGAGGAAUCCCAGAAAGCUCAGAGGGAGCUCACCACAGAGCUUUCAGCCUUAAAAGACAAGCAUGAUGAGUUAUAUGCCCUGUAUGAACAGGCCCAGGAAGAGAUUAGAGAACUCCGUCGUAAACAAAAGCCAGGAGCGGUUAGGCACAAUUAUAUGUCUGCGUCACUCCUCAGCAUACCCUCCGACUCACUGGCCUCAGAAUUAGAAAGCUCACUGCGAAGUGAAUGUGAUUAUCCUCCAGGAUUCUCCCCUGCAGAGAGAAAGGUACAUAACUGGAAGAUAUUUGAGACUGCAAAGGCGGCCCUAAAGCCAGGAAGUUCUCAGUAUUCUCUGCCAGGGUCAAGAAGUUCCCUUGGACCCUCCGCUAGCCAGAGCAUGAUGAAUCUAGGUCACAGUCCACCUGGGGCCAGUAGCCUGGACAUGAGUCGUAACGACAGCGGUGGGGAGUCAGCCUCUGUCUCCACCAGGAGUUCUAUGUACUUUGCUGACAUGGAGGAAAGCGAAGCUCCGUCUGACCUGGCCGGAUUUAACAGUUUGUACAGAAACCAGAAAUGUCAGUAUGGAAAACCAGGAAUCCCUGGUUCCAAUGAUCUGGAGACUGCCUUACGUAAACUUUCAUUGAGACGAGCCAAUGAGUUGAAUGAACAGGAUUACAAAGAAGAUGAAGACAAGAAGCAUCGAGGGAGAAAUAGGAUGGAGAGUGAGAUGUCGGACACACCUGGAGUGUGUAGGACCCCCGACAGUACCCUGUCCACAGGCAGUGGCCUGUCCCACUUCUCUCUCUCAGGGAGUAACAAUCCAUACUACCGCCUCCCUCAGAAACUCAAAAUCAUCAAACCACUCGAAGGAUCUGUUACCUUGCGGCAGUGGCAGCAGUUGGCUACUCCCAAAAUAGAAGGCCUGUUUGAGUCCAGACCAGGAGUAGCCACGCGUGGAGACAGGAAGCUGGACAUUGAGGCAGAGACGUAUAAUAUCAGUGACUUUGAAGAAGACGAUGACUAUCAGGAAUGCCCCAGUAAACGCGUCGAGGAGAGCACCACCAUUAACACAUUCACCGACUCCAGGGUCAAACACCCCUCAGAUUACAGCAGUGAUGAAGAUGAGACUUUAUCUGAAUGUGAUAAAAGCGAUACCACUGCUUCUCCAAGAUCGCUCACAUCAAGAAUGGCCACUAGUCAGCAAGGCUCAAACAGUGGAACUAGUACGUACAGCAUGUCGAUGGGACUGGCCUCUAUCUUGAACGAGCGAGAUCUCUUGUCUACAGCAGCAAAAAAGAAGAAUGCAAAAUCGAUGCCAGAAACGGCAACAAACCCAGAGAGGGUUGACAGCAUCGUGUCCGAUUCCCAUUUUGAGUUUUCCAAAAUCACAGCGUCUUCCACAUACACCACUACGACUGGAUGCAGCACAAAGUUGUCUACAGGGCAAGAAGCACCCCCUCAGGAUUCUGGAUAUUCAGGAUCAAGUUCAUCUGACUCGUCAGGCUCCAUGAACCUGCCCUUUUCACUACAGAGAGGGUUACCCUUCGAUCAUUUGAACCAGGGGACCCAUGUUUUAAUGGACACCCUGAAACAUACAGGUUACUCGCUGAUAAACUCAAGGUAUAUCGGGGGAAUACUGAGGCCUCAGAAUAGAGAGGGAAUGUCUGGGGCAAGUUCUACUGCAUCGUGUGAACAGGCAAAUACUUCCUCAACAGCUGAUAAAUCGGAUGUUAUUCAUGUGACUGCAGGGAAAAUCUCGAAAAGUGAGGCAUCAAAGAUCAGCUCACUGUUUGGGCGCGCCCUUCCAGGGGGUGUGUCCGGGGCAUUGACACAGCUGCGACAAAACGGAAUCUUUUGAAUGAGAGAGUCCUUGAAGGACUUGUGACAGACCGACUAGGGUCAAAAGGGGGGAUGGGUGAACCUGUGGUGUGUGCCUUAUCAUUUUGCAUUUAAUCACAAUUUUAUCACAAGCAUUAGUAAUCUACCUUUACAUGCGUACAAUCAGGUGAUUUAUUUGUGUACCUAGUAUGUGGCAUUUUUGUAUCAGCUUUUUGUGAUUUAUUACAAUAAGUUAGUAUUUGAACAUAAAACACUUAAAUUGAUCAUGGAAUGAACUUAAUUGUGUAGUCAUUGUUCAGUUUAAGUUACCAAUUUAUACCAAACCUUGCCAGUACUCAAUGGAAUGGUCCUACAUUUUUCAACACUAGUCACAUAAUUGUAAUAAUUUUUAUGAAGAAGGAAUUUUGACCUCUGGUAUGUAUUCCAUGUGAGUUUUUAUUUUUCAAUCAGUUAUUUCCAUAUAAAAGUAGGAUUUCUGAUACAUGUAUAAAUAAACAAACAUGUACAUGAUUAUUUAAUUAUUAAUUUAAAACUAUAAAGUGAAAUACUUAACAAUCCUAAUGUAUAUAAAGUACUUAAUAAACCACUUAUCCAUUAAUUGUGCUGUGUACUGUAGCAAGGGCUAGAAACAGUGCUAAUUGACGGAAUCCUUCAAUAGAGAAAAGAAAAUCGAGUACCGGUAUUUAUUUGUAGUGUGGUAAUUUACAAUUAUCUACAAAGACAGAAGUCAUUUUCAUUCCAUUGUAUAGAGUUCCGAGUGACCGGCAUUCAGUGAUUUGUUACUGCUCUUACAUAUUGUCCAUGUGUCUGUGUUGUACAUCUACCAGUAGUCAGGGAUGAAUCUACAUAAUGUGAUAAUCUAUACUGCUAUAGAAUGUACUAGCUAGGCUUGCAGUGAUGUGUGAUAUAACCAUUGUAAUGUUGUGGAGGGGUUUUCUUUUGAAGUAAUUAAUGGCCCAACACAAAAUUUGGGUCACAGACUGACAUAUUUAGGGCUGUGAUGACAUGUACGUGUUGUAACUAACAAAUUGGGAUUUUAUUUACACUGAAAAUGUCAAUUAAUCUGUGUUGUUAAAGUUUGGUUUCAUUUUGUAAAAGAGAAAGUAAAUUAAAAUUACAUGGAGAUGGUGCAUUAUUAGAAUCUCAGCAGUUUUGUAAUGUGACACAUAACAAAGUGUUUUGUGUUUGAAUUUCCUGUGUGGUUAUAAUGACAUAUAGUGUUCAGUGUGAAAUGAUACUACUUGUACCUAAAUGUCUUUCAUAUUUUAUAUGGCCAUUGCCUGCAAAUUAUUCGGAAAAAUUAUCAAGUGAAAAUGGUGUAGUGUGUUUUAGAAGACCAAGGCAAUUGUAAUAAUCUUGUCUAACCCCUAAUUUGUGUCUAUAACGGAGUUCAUGCCAACCUGUAUACUUCAUAGAAAUUUCAUAGAAAUGUGUCUAUUAACUGAGUCAGUUAUGUGGUACAUGUAAUUGUUUUCCAUUGUGUGUUAACAUCAAUAGUAGACCAAGAUCAGUCAUUCUCUCACAUUCGAUACUCACUUUAAGAAGAAUUAAUAAUCAAGUGCUUUGCUUUAUGUCCAAGGUAUCUUUGCUGAAGAUAAAUGGAUCAGAGAGCAAACAGUGGUGACAAGUUGGGGUCCAUUUUAUGUACUUGCUGAUUACUUACUGGGGGUUUUUGUAUUUUUUGUUUUUAUUGAAAAGAAAACUAUUUGCCAGAUAAAUUUUGACCUUUGUUUAUCCUGACCAUUCUGUUUUUCUUUUAACCAGAACAUUUUGUGUUGUGAUAUUUUUAAUCUCUGUAUAUAUCUCAUUGUAUAUGACUUCCAAGAUAGGUUGGGGAGUAUAGUAUGAUGUGUUUAUGUAUGUGUAGGAGAUGUGAUUUUUGUAUAGCUUAUCUAAGCAGAGACAAAAUAUUUGUACUUCACCAUAGGACAUUAUUACAAGGUAGGUCAGAGUUCUCUCCUCUUUGAUGAUUUUAGGAUAUAAUGUAAUAAUUUGAUUAGAUUAUUAUUCAUCCUUGUGAGUGCCAAAUUUAUGUGUACUGUCUAAAUAUUUUUAAAUAAUUGUACAUGUACAUGUAAUAUAUUAAAUUUCUUAUUAGUUAUAGGGAAAUGAAUGUAUUCCUAUUCAAUUGUUGAUUUUUUUUCUCUUUCAAAGUUGUACUUAAAUAGCAUUGUUAGAUUUAUUUCAAUAACUUUUUCAUAACUACUGCACAUAAUUUUUUUAUUAAAAUUUCUUUUAGAAUUAAGAUAAAUUUGGAUUCUUGUUGAAAUUUUUACACAGGUGUGUGAUUUCAAUCAAGACUAAGUAAAUGAGUGUAUGAAUUGAGGGGUCGCCUGGCGACGAUUUGGUAAAGGUGCUAUCUUGCAGGAGGAGGCUUGUUUUGAUUGGUUACUGUUUUUAUUUCCUUUGAGGACCUCUAUGCAUCAGACCAGAGAUAUAUAUAUAUCUACUGGAGUCUGUUAUUGAUUAAAAUGAUUAAAGAGUCAGAAAAACUA